GUUUCUCUUCUUUGCUCUUUGCUACCUUUUUUCCCCUUCGCCCCUUUCUGCCCUUUGUUCUUGCGUGUUGUGGGUUAGAUUGCUGUAUGUGUGUGUGUGUGUGGAGUGUGCAUGUGCUUGUUCUCGCUGUCCUCUGGGUUCCUCCGUGUGAAUUGAGGAGAACGAGACGCAGUGUACUGGGAUUUUAUCUUUUUGCUCAAUUGGAUGUAUGUCUGGUCGUCGAUCAGUCGGUCAAGUCAGUCGAUAUCAUUUGGACUUGGAUAGACAGACAUCAGGGAACACAUACAAGAUGAAGCCACGGAUCCUCAGGGUGCGAUCGACGGGUCUCUCAUCGUCGAGUAUGGAUGGGAUGAUCAUUGGAGUGGUCCUUGGGAGUGUCGUGCUGGUGGCUGUGACCGGCAUCCUGGCCUUCCUCUGCCACAAGAGACGCUCCAUGCAACGUCGUGAGGACCGACAGUUCCUCAUCGACCAUCACAUCUCCUACGCCUUGGGCUACUAUCCCGCUCUGCGUGAUCUCGACGCCAACCAGAAGGAGCAGCAGCUCGAAGAAGGAAGGGGACAAGCAGGAGGAGGAACAACAAUAUUAUCGGCCUUCCCUCCCCCAACCCAGCCCAUGUCGCGUCUCUCAGCUCAUUACCACAGCCCGGUCGAUGACUUCCUUCGCGAUCCACCCCCAGCCUAUCAACCUCAACCCUUACCCACCUAUGACCCUUCUCGAUAUCAGAGGGUCGAUGCCCCUUCCCCUCCUGCUCCGGUUGUUGGGCUCGCUAUCCCCUAUCAUCAUUAUCCUACACUGAGUCUUCAGCAGGAAAGACCCCCGUCGUCGAUCUUGAGUCCACCAGCUCCCAUCAUGGCUCAGCGGGACUCGUUGGUUACUCCUAGAUUCUCCUUUCAGCCUUCACCCACGAUAGGUCCCUUGCGGGACUUGAAUGAUGAUGCCUCUCUUGCUUCGUCUAAUAACUUAGAUGGCACAGCACAGCAGAUGCCGCGACGGCCUAGACCUGUGUUGUCGAGACUGGUGACGGAUCUUCGAUGAUCACGAGAGGAGGAAGUUCUUUCUUUGUUUUUCUCAGACCUUUCUGUCGCUCGCUUAUAGAUUGAUACCUCUCUUGUCCCUUUGCUUUCCAUUCCUUGGGAAAGCGCUCGUUCCUGUUAUGGUUGGUCGACUUGUGUUUGACUGAACGCAUGGAGGACAAAGCUGCUUGGAUGCAUUAUGAUGAUGACGAUGAUGAUGAUGAUGAUGAUGAUGAUGAUGUUUGUGAUGUUGAUGUUUAUGAUUACGAAAAGGAAGAGAGGAUGGAGAAGAUGCAACAGCACACCAACG